AUGGAUAACUUACCAGUUCACAAAGCUAAAGAUUCAUGCAUUAAUUUAAAACUUACUCCUAUCAAAGAACUAUUGGCUAGUAAAAAUAUCAAGCCCGAAUACUUACCCCCUUACACGCCUGAGAUGAAUCCUGCAGAACUUUGCUUUAAUUUUAUUCGUCAGCAAGUAGAAGAACAAAAACCAAGAACUUAUGAAGAGUUAAAGUUUACUAUUGCCAAAGCUAACAUGAUACUUAAUCAAAAAGAUUUAACUAAGAAUUUUCGACAUUGUUUUGCUUAUGACUAUGUUAAAAAUCUUCGACAGAGGAUGAUUAGUGAAGAAAAUACUCCCGAGGAAAUUUGGAGGAUUCUUGAUUUAAAAAGA